AAUAAUCAGAUUCUUCCUCUCAAUUGAAAGCAAUUCUCUUCUCUUUCAGGGUUGAUCGAUAGCUCUGUUUCCUGCUGCAGUUACUGUUUGAUUCUUGAUACAGCCAUGGAGUUGGAGAGCUUCAGGGUAGGUCUUACCCCUACAGUCUUCUACAUUCCUGGUUUCAUUACUGACGAAGAACAAACUCAGCUCCUCAAUCAUAUAUAUGGAGGAUCUGGUUCCAAGUGGAAGACGUUAAAGAACAGAAGGUUACAGAACUGGGGUGGUAUGGUCCAUGAAAAGGGUCUUGUUCCACAAGAGUUGCCUUCUUGGCUUACAAAGAUUACCGAGAAAAUUCAUGAAAGCACGGGUCUUUUCCCUUCUGCUAUAAAUCAUGUCCUCAUCAAUGAAUACCAUCCUGACCAAGGGAUAAUGCCACACCAAGAUGGACCCGCUUAUUUCCCUGUUGUAGCUAUCCUGUCUCUAGGCUCACCUGUCGUUAUGGACUUCAGUCCGCAUUUGAGAUUAAGAUCAUCAGACGAUGAUGACAUUUCCAGAGAUCAAAGUGGAAAGAGUGGUGUGCCUGAGAGAGAUGAUAAACACUCAUUCUCCGUUUUGAUGAUGCCUCGAAGUCUACUAAUCUUCAAAGAUGACGCUUACUCAGAUUACCUCCACGGCAUCAGCGAUAGUCCAACACAAUGCUACAAACAGGUCAUUAAUGAAGCUGAAGCUUUGUCUUUCUCGGAGAAUUCUAGUGGAGAAGAUGGUGACAACAAGAUUCUUCACAGAGACCAAACGAGAGUUUCACUUACCUGCCGUUUAGUCCCCAAAGUCCAUAAGAAUCUCUUCAGGUUUUAGAGAAAACAAAACAAUGUAGUUUACCCUUACUGACGUUCGGAUGUCUCACCGUUUAUGACUGGGAAAACCGUCACGAUUUGUAAACGUAGGAAACCAAAACGGUAACCAUUUGUGUUUGUGAAGAGAUAGGAUUAACUAAAUAUGAGCCCUACAUUUUUUUUC